CUCUACUUAUCCCAAUAAAAUGUGGCUUUUAUAAUGGGUCCAAUGCCCUUGUCUUAUCUUUUCAGAAAAUGCAUUACUCGCUGGCUGGACGAGUUCUUUGCAAAAUCCAAAAGAAAUUUCUUUAAUAGAUCUUCCUCGUUGGGUUGCCAUGAGUCAUUCUUUGCACGAGCUCUCUAGUUGGACAAGCAUAGCUCGUUGAGCAGAAAAUGUCCAAUGGAGGAUCUCUCCUCUAAGGGUGGUGGAAGUCGUAGGGGCAUGGCAUGGUUUGUCUCUUCUUGUGCACUUUAUUUAAUACAUUUCCAAGUGAGUGCUCCACGUGCUUCUGGUGAGUCUCCCCACUUUACUUGCACUUUUACAUACGCCCACAUAUCUGUCUCUCAAUGCCAUUUUCUUCUCUACCUAUCUGCCACUCCACUUCCCUUCUUUUCUACUUCUCGGUGAGUCCCAUCCUAUCCCCUCCUUCCACCAAGCCUACAGUAACGGAAUCAUCCAAUAUUUCAAAGGAAAACAUAGCCAUUAGCAGAAUCAAGGGUAGCUAGCGUAUAUGGAAGCAGGAGUAGGAGGAGGAAGGGUAGGUGGUGCAUGCGACAACGAAAUUAGCGACGGAAUGCAAUGCAUGAACCACCCUCACAACAACAGCAACAACAAUCCCGGUGGGAUUUGCGCCUUCUGUCUCCAAGAUAAACUCCGCAACCUUCUCUCUUCUUCACCUCCUCUUUCUUCCUCGUCUUCUCCUUCCCCUUCUUUCACUCCUCCACCUCCUCCCUCUGUUAAAACCGACCACGACCACAACACGCGCUCUCGCCUCCCCUUCCUCGUACCCAAGAAAAACAACAACAAAAAACCCUCCUCCUACACCAACAUUUCUUCAUCAGCUAAUAUCAUUUUCAAACGCAGCAAGUCCACUGCCACACCCAAAAGGAACCAGUUUCUCGAGGAGAAGGACUUCAGUCCCAGAAAAAGAAACGGUUUUUGGUCUUUCCUCUAUCCUUCUUCUUCAAAGGAAGCUAAGAGCUUUGGUCCAAAUGGUAAGUACAGAGGCAAGUGCUUGGGAAAAAAGAGUGAUCACGUGAUUAUUGUGGAAGAGGACAAGUGUUUGAGCUCUUCUUCUUCUUCUUCUUCUUCUAAGGUUUCGAGAUCUAGAUCUGUUGGGUGUGGUAGCAGAAGCUUCUCCAGUGAUUUCUUCGAGAGGAUCUCUUCUGGCCUCGGCGACUGCACUCUACGGAGAGUGGAGUCUCAGCGUGAAGGAGGAAAACCUAAGCUAGCUGCUUCUGCUAAUACUAUGAACCAUUGCAUGAAGGAAAGAGUGAGAUGUGGAGGAAUAUUCAGUGGCUUCGUUAUGAAUUCGUCUUCAUCAACAACGUCUUCUUCGUCUUGGGUUUCUUCUUCUGUUGAUGAUGGCAGAGGAAGGAGUUGGGGUUGGGCGUUUGCUAGUCCUAUGAGAGCUUUCACCACCAAAGGGUCUCCUCCUUCUUCUUCUUCGAAGAGAGAUGCUUCUGAUAAGAACAACGCCACGCCUAACUUAUCAGCCAUUCCUACCUUGCUCACUGUUAGAGGCUGAAAGAGAAUAAAAAAUGAUAAACUAUUCGGAGGCUUUUAUUUAUUUGGUUUAUAUGCACAUUAGCAUGCUCUGUUUAUCUUCGCUAAUAAUAAUAAUGUAAUACUCAGUUUACUCUCCUCAUUCUUUCUUUUCUUUGUUUAUGAAAAUGGUUUAUUGUGUAUAAAUUAUUAUUAUUAUGGUUAGAUGGUUGGGUUAUGAUCAUCUGCUAUGGAAACUCUUUGUUAUGGUACUCUAUGUAGUGGAUGUUGAAGGAAAUUGAAAAAGGAAGUCUCCAUUUAAUGUGGUUUA